UUUUGGGUGCAAAUUUCGUUCCACAGUAACUGGGAUAGUCUACAACAACGAGAUGGGUGAUUUUUCUACACCAGGCCAGUUAAACCCAGAUGAGAUCAAACCGUCCAAGAGCAACUAUAUCAAGCCUAGAAAAAGACCUCAGUCCUCCAUUAGCCCUGUUAUUUUCACUGACGGAAGUGGCAGAGUAAAACUGGUGGCUGGCGCGUCUGGAGGACCGCACAUUACAACAGCGGUUUCUCUCGUAAGUUAAAAUUAAGACAUUCCAAAAAAAGCCAUAUAAAUCUUAUCUCUUAAAAUGCAAAAUAAUACAUCGUUAUUUGAUCUGCUGAGAAUUAUUAUUUUCUACAUACUUUUGCAGACGGUUGUGAACCAGUUGUGGUUGUCACGUGGCAUUUCUAACGCUGUCAACGAUCCACGAGUCCAUCAUCAACUCUUUCCAAAUACGGUCAUUAUAGAGGAACCCCCCUACACCAUCCCCAUACGGAUUCAAGAUGGUUUAAGAGCCCGCAAACAUAAUAUCACAAUAGAGAGUUACUUUGCAUCUGUGCAGGCGGUUGUUCGAGAAAAAGAUGAAGAAAUAUUUGGGAAAAGUGAUCCGAGAAAGUAUGGAUGGCCAGACGGCUUCUAAACUGAUAACAAACUCUGAUCUCUUCUCAGACAGUACACCAGUUUUACCAAAGAUUAAUUUUUGGCCUUUGGGGACAUUUCACGCUCUAUCAGACACUUACUCACAGAUGGAAGUUUUAAGAUCUACGAUAAUAAAACUAAUUUCUUGUAACUCAGAGGGAACCUUGCUCUUUCGUCUUUCAAUCUUUAUACCGCUUUUCUGGAAGGCACAACAGAGCCGAUUCUCAAAAUAACUACUCCCUAUUCUCAGGUCAACUGUCAAUGUUAAUGUGGCUUGCUAUUCCUUUGACGGGAUGCAUCCAACACACGCUUUUCGAAAUUCACUUCACUAGAAGUAUACAUCUAUCCAUAGGGAUUCGCGUAACGCUAUCGCCUUUCUGUUUACUGCAAUUUAUGGUAAAGAUGUCACAUAACAAAGUGUCACGGAAACCUUUGUCCUGGAGAAAAGGGAAGAGAUGAAAUUCAGGUUUCCGCCAAAGAUAGUGAUGUGAUGCGAACAUUUUCCAUAUUUAUUCCUAUUGCUUUUUUGUCAUUAAAAUCAUAAAAUAAAAUUUGUAAAACUUGAAAGGAAGACUCAGAGGGCGUCUUAAAAAAACUCAUUA